CCCCCGCGCGCCCUCCCCUCACGCUUCCCGCCGCGCGCACGCGCCCCACGCCCGCCGCCCGCCUCAGCCGCCGCCGCCGCUCCGCCCUCACCGCUCCCGCCGCGUCCGUUCCUCUUUCCUCCCGCGGCUGCUCCCCGGUCCUUCCCCGGCGCGUCCCGUUUGGGGUGCCCCCCAGGGCCAUGGGGCGCUCCUCCAAGGACAAGCGGGACAUUUAUUACCGGCUGGCCAAGGAGGGCGGCUGGAGAGCGCGCAGCGCCUUCAAACUGCUGCAGCUGGAGCAGCGCUUCCAGCUCCUGCAGGGGGUCCAGCGGGCCGUGGAUCUUUGUGCUGCCCCCGGGAGCUGGAGCCAGGUGCUAAGCCGGCACCUCAGGUGGGACUGGGGGCACUGGGGAGCACUGGGAGCACUGGGGGGCACUGGGGGAAAUGGGGGCACUGGGAGCACUGGGGAGGGACUGGGAGCCCCAGACUGGGGGUGCUGGUUUGGGGGUCCCAGGCUGAGCACUGGGGGUCCCAGCUGGGGGCACUGGGAAUCCUCCUUUGGGACCCGACUGAACUGGCACUGCCAGCUGGGUGAACUGGGAGGACUGGGAAUCCCAGUUUGGGACUGGGGAGCGCUCAGGGAGGUCUGGCUGGGGGUCUGGGGGCGGCCUGGGGGGGCCCAGGGGGACACAGGGGGACCGGAGGGGCUGGAGGGUCCCAGCCCGGCUCCGUGGGGCCGUCCCGCUGCAGCACAGCCGCCGGGGCAGUCCCGAGCGAGCAGCGCAGGGGCGGGCGCGCAGCGCCAUCCUCGUCCCCGGUCCGGCUCCGCGUUACUCGGGAAGCGGCCGGGGCGCGGAGCAGAUUUCCAUUCCGUGUUGGGAUUCGGCCCGCAUGCAGGCGGAGGAGGGCUGAGCAUCCCCGAUCGCCGGCCGUGGCUGCGCUGCAGCGGCCAUCUGGAUGGGGAACAACGGGCCGAGCGCUGCCAGCGGCUCUCCGAGCGCGCAGGAGGAGCAUGCAGAGAUGCCCGGAAGAUGGAAGCAGCCCAGGCCUCCACGGCCCAGGAGAUCCGGCGCCACUUCGAGGGGCACCCGGCCGACCUGGUGGUCUGUGACGGGGCCCCUGACGUAACGGGGCUGCACGACCUCGACGAGUACAUCCAGGCCCAGCUGCUGCUGGCAGCCCUGAACAUCACCACCCACGUCCUGAAGAAAGGCGGCACCUUUGUGGCCAAGAUUUUCCGGGGCAAGGACGUGACCCUGCUCUACUCCCAACUGCGCCUCUUCUUCCCCGACGUCACCUGCGCCAAGCCCCGCAGCAGCCGCAACUCCAGCAUCGAGGCUUUCGUGGUGUGCCGUGGCUACAGCCCCCCCGAGGGCUUCGUGCCCAGCAUGGAGAACCCCCUGCUGGAGCCCGAGGCGGGGCUGGCCCUGUCCCGGCUCUCGGGCCCCUCCCGUGUCAUCGUCCCCUUCGUGGCCUGCGGGGACCUGAGCGCCUUCGACCCCGACCGCACCUACCCCCUGCAGGUACUGGGGGGACUGGGAGAG